AUGGACAACAGUAAGAGCGGCAGCGAGCGGAGGCAUUUCAUCCUGGUGCACGGGCUCGGCCACGGCGCGUGGUGCUGGUACAAGGUGGUCGUGGCACUCGAGGCCGCGGGGCACCGCGUCACCGCGGUUGACCUCGCCGCGUCCGGCGCGCACCCGGCGCGCAUCGACGAGGUGCACUCGUUCGACGACUACUCCCGGCCUCUGCUCGACGCGGUGGCCGCGGCGCCCGACGGUGGCGAGAGGCUGGUUCUGGUCGGACACAGCCACGGCGGGCUCAGCCUCGCGCUUGCCAUGGAGAGGUUCCCCCGCAAGGUCGCCGCCGCUGUGUUCGUGGCCGCCGCGAUGCCGUGCGUCGGCAAUCACAUGGGCGUCACUACCGAGAAGUUCAUGAGAAGAAGAACAUCACUAGAAGAACUACUCAUGGACUGCGAAAUGAUGGCCAUCAAGAACAACCAGGGUACUGGGGUUGCAAUCCUAGUGGGUCCAGAGUUCUUAGCAUGCAAAUAUUACCAGCGAAGUCCAGCUGAGGAUUUGGCCCUAGCGAAAAUGUUGGUUAGGCCUGGAAAUCAGUUCUUAGAAGAUCCAGUGAUGAAGGAUGUCGACCUUCUCACUACCGACAACUAUGGGUCGGUGAAGAAGGUGUAUGUGGUAGCCAAGGCCGACGUCUCUAGCACCGAGGAGAUGCAGCGCUGGAUGGUAGCAUUGAGCCCAGGUGUGGAGGUCGAGGAGAUCAUCGGAGCUGACCAUGCCGCCAUGAGCUCCAAGCCAAGAGAGUUGUGCGAUGUUCUAGUCAAGAUAGCCAACAACUUAAAUACAUAUUACUAAAUUUGAACAAAUAU